UGAAACAAUGUUGUUCAUUAUUAUUGUAUUAAGUUUAACAUGUGUCGCAAUAAGUUGUUUUGUUCAAAAUUGUCGUUUGUUUUCCUCUCGAACAGUGAAACCGCUACCUGGACCAAUAAGAUUACCAUUUAUCGGUAGCACAUAUCAUUUUCUACAACGUUCCAAGGAUUUUUUAAAUAUUUGCACUAAGUUCACUGAAACUUAUCCAUCUCCAUUCCGAAUAUGGAUAGGCCCAAAAUUAAUCAUCGUAAUAUAUGAACCGGACCAAAUAAAGACUAUCUUACAAAACCGCCAUUGUUUGAAUAAAAGUUUACUGUAUAAAUUGCUAGAACCAAUGUUUGGCAUGGGAUUAGUGACAGCUCCUGCAUCUACAUGGAUUGAAAAUCGAAAAAUGAUAGCUCCAACUUUUAGUAUGAUCAUGUUGAAGGAAUUUUUUAAUACAUUCGUUCAAGAAUCUUUAAUACUUACUAAUGAUUUAGAAAAAAUUGCACAAAGUGGAAAGGAAAUUGUAUGUCUUGAAUAUCUACGCAGAUGUAUCUUAAAAAUUUCUUAUGGUAAGAUAAUAUACUUCAUUCUACUUUUAAAUUAU